AUGGCCAUUGUUGAACUUGCUGCUCUUUUAACUGUUCUUCCAGCCGGUUUAGUGGCUGUUUAUUUAUGGCUUCUUCAAUCUCGUAAAGGUGGUUUACCUAUAACUACUGCUGACUGUGCUUAUGACAAAAGUAAAUAUGGUGAUAUCCUUAAUUGGGAUAAAUUCUGUCUUUAUAUUCAUGGUAAACCAACCUUAAUUAUAAGUGGUGAAUUUCAUUAUUGGCGUCUUCCUGAUAAAUCUCGUUGGGAGAGUAUCUUAAAAAAGUAUCGUGCUGGAGGGUUUAAUUGUGUUCGUAUUUAUUUUCAUUGGGGUUAUCAUAGUCCUGAUAAUGGAAUUUAUAAGUUUGAUGAUAAUAGAGACGUUAAUUAUUUAUUAAAUUUAUGUGAAAGUUUAAAUCUUUAUGUUCUUGCUGCUCCGGGUCCUUAUAUUUGUGCUGAAACUCAAGCUGGUGGUUUUCCUUUUUGGGUUGUAGAAAAAGUAAAGAGAUUACGUAAUUUAUUAUUUACUGGGUUUAAGAAAUAUGAUCCUGAAUUUUCCGAUUAUCAAAAACAAUGGUUUGAUAACAUUCUUCCUAUUAUCGCUAAACAUCAAAUAACUGAAAAAUCUGGUGGUUGUGUUAUCGCUGUUCAAAUUGAAAACGAAUUAAUUGAAAAGAUUAUAAAUCUUCCAUUUGGAUUACACGAUGAAAUGAGGUUUUUGUGUAAGGUGGCCAGAGAUUGUGGAAUUAAUGUACCACUAUUUACAAAUGAUCCAAUGGAAUUAGGUUCUUUUAUUAGUAAACCUUCUUCUAAUUUCUUUAAUCGUGGAAGUUUUGGUGGUUGGUUCACUACCUAUAAAUUACAACAUACUUUCGAUGAUGUCUAUAAUUAUUAUGGUGAUGCUUUUACACGCACUGCCUAUGAAUCCGUACUAGCUCAGGGUUGUACUAUGUCUUCAAUCUAUAUGACAUACGGUGGAACAAAUUGGGGAACUUUAGGCGAUAUUGAUGGUUAUACUUCUUACGAUUAUUCUGCAUGUAUUCGUGAAUACGGUUACAUGUCUUCUCGUAUCCGUGAAUUACGUUUAGGAAUUCAUUUUAUAAGAAGUUUUUCUGAUUUAUUCACUAGAACUGAACGUGUUAAAAAUCCAAAUAUCUCCACUUCUAUAAAUAAUGUUUUCAAUCUUCAAAGAAAAUCUUUGAUGAAAAACGUAAAACCUGGUGAUGAAGUUUUAUUUUCUUUUUUUCGUAAUUUUAAUGAUCAUCAAACUCCUAUGUUUCAAGUUUUUGUUGCUUAUAAGGAAGGUCAAAGACGUGAACAAAAAUUUUCUAUGAGAUGUCUUUUACCUUAUAAAACUUCUUUUAUAGCUUUAGGUAAUUAUACUACUAUUACCGGUCUUAAUUUGAUUUUUUCUACUUUACCUAUUCAUUUAAGAAUUAUUCAAAAUCUUAUAAAUGAGAUUUGGAUCAUUCCUGUAAAUGUUGGUGAAUUGGCUUUUCAAGGUGAUAUUACUGUCGAUGGAAAUCUUGCUUAUACUAUAAGAAAAGUUGGUCAUGCUAUUCAUAUCGUUUCUUUCGAUGAUGUUGGUGGCUUCGCAAGAAUUAAAAGUCCUGAUUCUAAUGGUGAUUUAUAUAUUUUAAGAUUACAUAAAGAAUCUUUAAGUACUCUUCACACUACUUUUGAAGAUUCUUAUUGGGCAAAAUCUAAUGAUUUUACUACCAUUCCUCAUUCUCCUUUAAUUGUCUCUUGGGGUACUCAAAAUGUUUAUUUUGAUCCCUCAAAUUCCUUAUUGGAAACUCAAUAUGGUGAUCAAGAACAUGAAAUCACUAUUUUAUCUUCAAAAGAACCUGCUGAUCAUGUUCGUUUUCAAUCUCAUCCUACUUAUCCUUUACCUUUUGUUUAUAAAAAACAAUUCACCGCUGGGGAAAAAACUUCGGAAGUACACUUGGUUCCUAAAUUAGUAAGAUGGAGUUAUCGUACUACAAAUUUUAAUGAUUUAGACUGGCGUUCAAUUGAUCUUAAAAAUGGUGGUCCUAUUGAAAAUUUUCAUGCUUCGGGUCACAUUUUAUAUAGUACUAAAUUUCCAAGUAAUUAUUCUUCUAGUAAAGUACAAUUAUCCGUUAAUAUGAGACAUAGAUGUACUAUAUUUGUUAAUGAUCAUUUCGUUGGUGGUCAUACAACUUUUUCAAGGCAACUUUUCUUCCCUGGUUCAAAGAAUGGUCCUGAAUUAUUUAAACAUUUCGGUGAUGAAAAAUAUGAUAUAACUCAAUUUCUUCAUCCAAAUGGUGAUGAAGAAAAAAAUUCUUUAGUAAUCUUGGUGGAAAGUUGGGGUUUAAGUCGACAAUCUGUGAUAUUUAACGAUGUAAAAAAUCCCAGAGGAUUACUUUCUGCAAAUAUUAAUGGUUUAGUUAAAGAAACUAAAUUAUCUUGGAAUAUUUCUGGUGUUGAUUUACGUAAAUUAGAUAAUCCUUAUAAUACUACUGGAAUACCUAAUGAACGUAAACAUUUUGAUUGGAAAGAAAGUGAAAAAGGUAUUUGUGGUCAUGGUGUUGUACCUAACGAUGGAAUAAGAUGGUGGUGUUUUAGAUUUUCUCAUCCUAUAGAAAGUAAAUUUAAAGAUAUAUUAAAUGCUCCAUUAAGAUUAGUCCUUUAUGGUGCUUUUACUUCUUAUAUAUUUUUAAAUGAUACAUUAAUUGGAAGGUAUUAUGGUAAUGGUGAUUGUGCUCAACAUGAUUAUUAUUUAAUGGAUGGUUUAUUAAAAUUUGGAGAUGAUGAAAAUGAAAUUAUCAUGAUGGUAUAUUCUUGGGAAACGGUUAAUCCUGAAGAAAUUGUUGUUGAAAUUAGAGGUUGGGAAAUUGAUGAUGUUAAAAAAUCGGGAAAUUUAAUUAAACCUAAAAAGGGUACUGACGAAGAUAUUGAAUUGGAAGUUAAACCUUGGAUUGUUAGAAAAGAAUUUAUUCCUUUAACAUAG